UGUUCUGGAAUAAGGCAGAUUAAUUCUAAAAUAAAGAACAUGGUCAUUUUUUUAAAAAAAAGCUAUUUGGAAUUUGACUUUACUGUUUUAUCCUAGAGUUGAGAGCCACUAAGUUGAAACUCUUCUGUUUGAAUGUUUAUUCUCUUUCACUUAUAGUCAAAAAGUAACAAUAUGUUCUCUCUUAUGUACUUGGAGGAGGGGUACAUGCAAUAAAUAUUAAAUAUAUAUUGCCUGCUUGAAAACCUGUGGGAAACACCUGUGGAACAUAAUUCUUAGUCCUAUGUUGAGAUAUGGGGAUUCACAGUUUGUUAGUGUUCAUUUUGAAUCAUACGCGUUUUGCUGCUACAUGUAAGUGAUGUAGCAGAAGUGACUCAUGCUGUGUGUAUUUCUGGAAGCUUCAGGUUUAUGUAGAUCUUUCCACAGUUCUUUGGCAUGUGAUCAAAAGAAAACUAUAAACCAUUUAAAUGAAAUAAAGCCAUCAACAGGUGUACGUUUCACCCCAUUUUUUCCCCAGUAAUUAAAUAGCUUCUCAUAAAAUUUUAACAAAGCCACCUAAAUGUUCUACAGUGCAUUCUUAUUAUUUUCAGUGGUGUUUACUCCUAGGUAAGUGUAUAGAACUGUAGUCUUACAGUACAAUACUGCACUGAUAUAGGAAUUAAAUUCCCCUGUAAUCAGUGGGUCCUACUGUGAAUUAAGCAUACAUAAGAUUGCAUCCACAGGUAUUGUAGAAUAGCAAUAUAAAACAGUUUAGUGAGAGGAAAACAGAUUGGAUUGAUAGUAAUUUUAAUAAUUGAUAUUGAUGUAGUGACAAUUUGUGUAGUGCUGGUGCUCCCCACAACAGCCCCCAUAACCACAUCACUAAGGAGAACCCAAAGACAUAGGCAACUAUGUUGAUGUAUCUCUUUAUUGGUGUGUAUUUACUAGGUAUUCAUGUGUAUGCAUUUGUACACACCCAGUACGAUUAUUGGGAAUUACUCCAUCUCUGCCCUCACCCCUCUUGCUGUGAGGAUUGUAGCUAAACUGAGAGGAAACAGAAAAGGUUGUGGUGUGUGUGUCAGAUUAUGUUAACAGAAAAACAACAACAAUUCUUUGACCCUAAAAGCCUGGUUGUGCGCUGUCACUGGCAAUUGAUAGUUGUCAUUAGGAAAUGUAGUAAAGGUUCCAAAUUUGAAAAGCCAGCCAAGUCGUUCUAAUUUCUUGAUGGUGUCCCAGGUCAAGUUUUAAGUAAUUCAAUAAACUGAAAAAAAAUCUUGCAUUUUAAAAACAAAACCUGCUCUUCCCAUCAUGAGCUACAAUGUUGUUAAAAUGUAGUUUAUUUGCACAAGUAUUCUUUCAGAUACCAAGGAAAUUCUUGGGGACAGGUUUUUGUCACUACAGUAUAUUAAAUGUAAGGUCAGUCUUCAUGGGUUUUUCCCCCCAUCUGUUUUAACUUAAAUUUCAUUUUAUCAAGAUCUCACUUCCACUUUCAAAAUUAUUUUGAAGUGCUCUCCAUCGGCAUUUCACCUGGAACAUUUUUUGUUUUGCCUUAUGUUGCUAGCUAAUUGAACUUUGUGCUUUGCCUAGUCAUCGUACUGCAGCACUGUCCUCAUUGCAAUAACAUGGAAAGUGGUGACUAAACGAUAAAGAAUAUUUUGUGAAAUCUUAGAAGUAAAAUAUGACAGUAUUCUGAGAUCUAUAUGUUGACUGUUCCCAGUUGUUAUAUUUUUUGAGUAGCCUUGUAUGGAACUACAAGAUCAUGGCAAGGAGGCAAAUGAGUGCUCAUUCCAUAGAACAGCAGGUUGAUGGAGAAUUUGCAGUGAUGGUAAUGGACCAAUGAAGGCUACUAUAUAACAAGUACAGGUAACCUUGUUUAAGUGUACAUGCUGACGUUUGAGAAGAUGGACAUACAUGCUUUCAAACUUGUAUUGUUUUGAUUACAUUAAUCAGGAAUAAGAAAUACAGUUGUGAAGUUCUAUCCUGACUUCAGGAGAUGACCAAAGGCCAACUGAUCCAGCUUGAGUGAUGUUGGAAGAUUAUCUUUGAAUGCUGCAGCUGGCAAGUCAUCAAGAGGGCUGGCAACAUGUUAUGUUGGGGAAAUGCUUCUUUUGGACAGCUUGGCUUGGGCGGCAUUGAUGAAGAAGUUGUUUUAGAACCUAGAAGGUGCAACUUUUUCCUGAAUAAAAAGGUUCAAGAUGUAGGUUGUGGACUAAGGCACACUGUGUUUGUCCUGGAUGAUGGGACUGUCUAUACAUGUGGAUGUAAUGACUUGGGACAAUUAGGACAUGAAAAAUCCAGAAAAAGACCAGAACAGGUUGGUGCCCUAGAUGCUCAAAAUAUUGUAGCUGUUUCAUGUGGAGAAGCCCACACGCUAGCAUUAAAUGACAAGGGUCAAGUCUAUGCUUGGGGUUUUGCUGCAGAAGGACAGCUUGGCUUGCCUGGAACCGAGGAAUAUAUCAGAGUACCCAGAAACAUUAAAAGCUUGUCAGAUGUCCAAAUAGUGCAAGUUGCCUGUGGCUACUAUCACUCACUUGCAUUAUCCAAAGGAAGUGAAGUGUUUUCCUGGGGCCAGAACAAACAUGGUCAACUAGGUUUAGGUUACGACUAUAAAAAGCAGACUUCUCCACAACUGAUUAAAUCUUUAUUAGGAAUACCGUUUGGACAAAUUGCAGCUGGCGGGGCACAUAGCUUUGCACUUACACUUUCUGGAGCUGUCUUUGGGUGGGGGCGUAACAAAUUUGGUCAACUUGGUCUUAAUGAUGAAAAUGACAGAUAUGUUCCAAAUCUUCUUAAGUCACUAAGAUCACAAAAAAUCGUUUACAUCUCCUGUGGAGAAGAUCAUACAGCAGCUCUUACAAAGGAAGGUGGGGUGUUUACUUUUGGAGCUGGAGGCUACGGGCAGUUAGGUCAUAACUCUACUGGCCAUGAGAUAAACCCAAGAAAAGUUUUUGAACUUAUGGGGAACAUUGUCACACAGAUUGCCUGUGGCAGGCAGCACACGUCUGCAUUUGUUCCUUCAACUGGAAGAAUUUAUUGUUUUGGUCUUGGAGGUAAUGGACAGUUAGGCAUGGGAUCUACCAGUAACAGGAAAAGUCCUUUCCCAGUAAAAGGAAAUUGGCUUCCUUAUAAUGGCCAGAUUCCCCUGGAUUCAGAUGGAGAAGAAUACUACUGUGUAAAGAGGAUUUUCUGUGGUGGAGACCAAAGUUUUUCACAUUAUGUUACUCCACAGGAUUUGGUACCAGCAGAUGACUUCAGAUACCCUAAUGCUUCAAAACAAAUCUGGACUGUGAAUGAAGCUUUCAUUCAGAGAUUGCUAAACUGCUCAUCAGGGAGGCUCCCUGUGGAGAUAGCAAAUGAAAUAGAUGGAACAUUUUCCUCAUCUGGCUGUCUAAAUGGAAGUUUUUUAGCUAUCAGCAAUGAUGAUCACUACAGAACUAGUAGCAGAUUCUCAGGGGUUGAUAUGAAUGCCGCUCGCCUUCUCUUUCACAAACUUAUACAGCCAGAGCAUCCUCAUAUAUCCCAGCAGGUGGCAGCUAGUUUGGAGAAGAACCUUAUUCCUAAACUGACUAGUUCCUUGCCUGAUGUUGAAGCUCUAAGACUGUUUCUAACCCUGCCAGAAUGCCCACUAAUGAGUGAUGCAAACAAUUACAUGACACUAGCUAUUCCAUUUGCAACUGCUAUUGUGAAUCUAGAAAAAGCUCCACUGAAAGUACUUGAAAACUGGUGGUCGGUUUUGGAACCUCCAUUAUUCCUCAAAAUAGUGGAACUUUACAAAGAUGUUGUUGUUCACCUUCUGAAACUGUACAAGAUGGGUAUCCCUGCUUCAGAGCAAAGAAUAUUUACUAGCUGUCUACACACUUCUCUCAAAGUUUUAGAAAUUUUGCACAGGGUAAAUGAAAGAAGUGGGCAAAUCAUACAGUAUGAUAAAUUCUACAUACAUGAAAUACAGGAUUUGAUAGACAUAAGAAAUGAUUACUUCAACUGGAUCCAGCAGCAAGCAUAUGGAAUGGAUAUCAGCCAUGGAUUAAAUGAGCUAGCAGAUUUGCCAGUUACAAUUUGCACCUAUCCCUUUGUGUUUGAUGCACAGGCAAAGACAACACUCUUGCAAACAGAUGCAGUGUUACAGAUGCAGAUGGCUGUUGACCAGGCUCACAGACAGAAUUUCUCAUCUAUUUUUCUCCCAGUAUUUGAAUCUGUCAAUCCAUGUCUGAUCUUAAUAGUGCGCAGAGAAAAUAUUGUCGGGGAUGCCAUGGAAGUCCUAAGAAAAACAAAAAAUGUAGAUUACAAGAAACCUCUCAAGGUUAUUUUUGUAGGGGAAGAAGCUGUUGAUGCAGGAGGGGUUCGCAAGGAAUUUUUCUUACUUAUCAUGAGAGAGCUGUUAGACCCCAAGUAUGGAAUGUUUAGGUAUAAUGAAGACUCCAGACUCAUUUGGUUCUCAGACAAGACCUUUGAAGAUAGUGACUUGUUUCAUCUGAUUGGUGUUGUCUGUGGGCUGGCAAUAUAUAAUUUUACUAUUGUAGAGCUUCAGUUUCCUUUGGCUUUGUAUAAGAAGCUUCUCAAUAAGAAGCCUUCCCUGGAAGACCUCAAAGAGCUGAUGCCUGCUGUAGGCAGGAGUAUGCAGCAAUUACUGGACUACCCAGAAGAUGAUAUAGAGGAUACCUUUUGUCUCAAUUUUACAAUUACUGUUGAAAACUUUGGUGCCACAGAAGUUAAAGAGUUGAUUCCUAAUGGUUCUGAUAUUCCUGUUGUCAAACAGAAUAGGCAAGAGUUCGUGGAUGCCUAUGUGGACUAUAUCUUCAAUAAAUCUGUGGCUUCUCUCUAUGAUGCAUUCCAUGCGGGCUUUCACAAGGUGUGUGGAGGUAAAGUUCUUCAGCUCUUCCAGCCCAGUGAACUGCAAGCAAUGGUGAUUGGGAACACAAACUAUGAUUGGAAAGAAUUAGAGAAGAAUACUCAAUACAAAGGAGAAUACUGGGCAGAGCAUCCAACAAUUAAACUAUUCUGGGAGGUUUUCCAUGAGUUAUCACUGGAAAAGAAGAAACAGUUCUUGUUAUUUUUGACAGGUAGUGAUCGUAUUCCUAUACUUGGAAUGAAAAGUCUUAGUCUUGUUAUCCAGCCAACAGGAGGUGGAGAUGGCUAUCUUCCAGUAGCUCACACAUGUUUCAAUCUUCUUGAUCUUCCAAAAUAUACAGACAAGGAAACACUCAAGUCAAAGCUGAUACAAGCUAUUGAUCACUAUGAAGGUUUCAAUUUGGUAUAGUUUGUAAAAUCAUAGAGCACUGCAACUGUUUUACGUGAGAACAUUGAACUAUCUUUGCAUCUUGCAGUGGCAUAUUCAGUGAAAAGCCUGGCAGUGGUCCUAAUAAGAUGUUUCUAAACAUAUUUUGUGAUCUGGUUCUCUUAAUGGCAGUAAAAAAUUCUUAAAUGAAUGAACAGUCUUGAUAAGAAUUCUGGAUCCACUUUUUGCCAUCUUAAUAAAAAUGCAGCUUUGGGAUAAAAGUUAAAGUUUCACUAACUAAAUUUUAGUAUUUCACAUUUUGCAAAAUUACUUGCUGUGUAUGUGUAUAUCAAAAAUGUACUUAAUUUUUUCCAGUCACUGCAACAGUCACAUGUAGAUCUUUCAUUUUGUAAAUAAAAGGGGUUUUUUGUAAUAAAAUUAUUUGCUCCAAUAGCAGUAGGAUAUCUAUUGCUUGUAACUGAAUUGGGGCUUAUCUCAUGAAAAGAAAACAGAAAAGACACCAUCACAUUUCACUGUUAAGUUGGAGACCUGUAUCUUUGUUUUUAAUGAAAAUCUAAAGAUGAACCAUGAUGCUAGAAAGAGUUUGUAAAGCAUCUUGAAACAAAUACAGCAGCUGUUUACAUAAACAUGAUUUAAACAAUGUCAGAGGUUAUUUGUCUGAUAAUCUUACUGUCAUGUAGAUGAGCUAUCACCUGUUAAAUUAACAUUAUUAAGGGACCCCAUUAUUUAAUUGUGAAACUCAGCCCUUGGCAAACUUGAUUAAAAUAAUAUUGCUAUGCCUGGUACCUCUGUCUAGAGUUGUUGGCUAAAUCUCCACUUUGCCUUUAACUUCAGGAGAACUGAAAUCUUGUCCUCUGUUCUCACUCUCCGUUAGAAGAGCAGUUUUGAAGCUCUGGUUGAAUUUUCACUUUUACAGACAAUUUUUAAAUGCCCUCUUUUAAAACAAACAGACGCCUUUUUGGACUUCAGUGUAACAUCUGGGAUGAUCGCAUUGAACUGAACAUUUGAACUGAUGGGGAUGGGAGUAGAGGCUUAAGUUCCUGAAUGUUUACAUGUUAUUGAUAGUAUGUGACUUUCAGCUGUGAAACAAAUAUUUAUUUAUUUUUUAGAUUUAUAAACUGCAGUGAAAACAAUUCAAGCAUUAAUAAAAAUUCUUGAAUGAAAA